UGUUCGUCGGACAGGUAAAACUUUCCAACUAAUACUCUUCCAAGUCAAGGAAGACAAAAUUAUAAGCCAAGAGCAAAAGAUACAACAACAACAAAAAUACUGCAUUUGUUUCUGAAUACACUUAUCCGCAUUGUCGCAUACUUAUGUACGUUAGUGACGUGUGUUUUGAUAGAAUUUGUCGUCUUAGGUUAUUUUCUGGGUAUUUGUGUUUCCAUCUCGAGGAUAACAGAAAAGUUGAAGGCGACCGAAGAACGCACGCACUCACUCACGGUCGGACGGACGGACGUUUCUUCACACCUCGCUCAAAAGUGUUGACUAAAGUGUUAAUGAAAUUCGUAUUUCGCGGUUGCGAGGAUUACGUUGUCGUACAUGCGCUGCGCAUAGUUCCUACAAAAAAACGCCUCUGUCCUUUCUCCGUCUUGCAUACAUAAGAAUAGUUCCAUUUUUGCCCACUCAAAUAAGGGACUCAACAUAAAACCAAGUGGGAAAUUCAUUCACUGUAAAUUUAAUUGUGAAUGCGAAACCGCUGGAGAUCGAAGUGUUACGCGUCCCACGCAAAUCGCAUUUAUCCGUUGAAUCAGUCAGCAGCGUGUAACAAGGAUUCGUUUUUCGCUUGCUCCCGGGUGUUGUUUUGAGUUCUCCCUAGUCCGAGUUCAAGUCCCAGUCCCAAGUUCGAAUGUGUGUUAUACUGUUUGAAUAGAAUACGCCGAGCUGUUUCAUUAGAACGGGCAAUAAAUCACAACUUGGAACGCUUACCACGAGUAUAAGCGGAACCCCAAACAAAAGUGAAUAAGUGCGUUCGAACAUUCUGUUAUAAGCCAAAAGGUUUACCUGUGGUCAUUUACAUUGCUUCUGGUACGGCAUCGCUAUUGUAUAAUCGUAAAAUAAGCCGUAAAGGCUGUGAUUUGAUUUCAAAGAUUCGGUUUCGAAAAAAAAUUUAAAUAAAGCCUUUCGAUCGAUUGUGAACACCUGGAUAUCGCAUAAAGGUAGUUUACGACGAACGCCGCUGCCGCGACGAGUACAGUGAAGUGAGGGUGUGUGUCGGAGUUCGGAGUGGAAUUUAGAAAGAACCCACUGGAAUAACACCAGGGCUAGUAAUAGUAUAGUGCCUGUUCCUAUGCCAUUGGGCGUUGGAUUUUUUCAGAACCAUCUCGGACAACUGCUGAAUGGAUAAAUAGCAAUAAAAUUAUACGGAGACGAAGGCUGCUGACACCGCAAAGGGCAUCUUCUCUCUAUCCUCAUAUAAGGCUGACUUUAUCAACAAGAAGACGAAAAAGACGACGACAACAAAGCUACGCGGGCAGCUACAAAAACUCACACACAAAAUUCAAAAGAAACAACAUAAAACUAAAGGAUCACUAACUUAUAUAAAAUUCAGUUUAGCUCCAGAAGGCUCAAAUAUUCCAGACCUUAAACCAAAGAUUGUAAACCAAUAGAUUAUACCUAUACAAACAUACAUACUCGUAUCUACGUUAAAACACAUAUUUAUGAAAAAAAAAUUACAUUGAGCAACAUGGAAAACAUGUCAGCAUCAAUUGAGCCGGUUAUGCCGCGCACUGCCAAUUUGCUGGCGUGCAAACAAUGGUGGCGUGUUUGCUUUUUGUAUGGCGAUCAACAGAAAUAUUAUCGACAGGUCUACAGUAAAGCGGCUGCACAACGCUUGGCAUUGUCAUCCGUUGGCCAACAGCACAAGAAUCCCGAAGAAGCCACCACUAAUACCGCUGAUGCUGAUGCCAUGGCAAAUAUAAUCCUGGCCAGUGGCGGUGGCGACGAGCAAAAUAAUAACAACAAGACCAACAACAAUAAUAAUGGCGUUAAUAAAACCACCAACGAUAGCUGCUCCUUAGAUAUUGCCAACGCCAACACGGGCAGCCACUUCAGCCCACUGCCAUUAUUUCCUCUCAAACAAAACUCUCAGUCCCAAAGGCGCAGCAAGAAAUUACUGCGAUCGUUACGGGGAAAUAGUAGCGGCAAUAAAGCCCCCAAUGAUGUAAAUAGCACUGAGCCUACAAAAUCGAAUGCCCGUGUCACGGUCCUAGACGAUCCGUUCCUCUUCGGCGUCGAUGAAGCCAUGGUCAACCUUAGCUUUACUGCCGACGAGGUGGACGAUGGGAAUCUCGAUCCACUUACAUUGUCCACCAACUAUCCAGACUCACUGCUGCCAAAUGAUGAUCACAUUCAAAAUUAUUUCAGCAUGUGUGCGGACAAUGAGCCGGGUCAGGAGCAGGUGGACUUCAAUCAUCACCUAGUCCCCGAGGACUAUGAGAAACCAGAUUUACCUCCGAAAAGUGGUAGAAAACCAAAUGAUCCUUUUGCUACGAUGAUGCCGACAACGAUGAUGGGAGCAGAGGGAAGACUUAAUGAUAAUAAUGGUGGUGGCCGUGGAAGUGUUGGAAGUGAACUGCAUCUUAGUGAAAGUGACUUGAAAUUCUUGAAUUUGAAUUUGCGCAAUCGAAACGGUACACAUGAGUUCAGUACUUUGCCAAAGAGCUCGAAGCCAUACAAGGAUGCCCAUGAUAUCAGUUUCACAUUUAGGGAAAUUGCCAACGGGAAUGGUAAAGGCAACAAAAUUCAGGAUAAGGGUGAUGGAUUACCAUUACCAGCACCACCGGUAGUUAUCGAUGGCAGUCAGGAUCACACAAACGAGCCAAUCAGCAGAACUCCCGCCACCCAAGUGUCAUAUCUGCAGAAGAUUCCAACGCUUCCUAGGCACUUCUCGAAAGAGGGAACCCUUGCUGGUGUGAUCAACUCUGCGGGAGGCAUUGAACCACGAGGGACCAGUGGUGGUGGCUUGCCAAGUAGUUCAUCUGCCAGCGCUCUAUACUCACCCGCCGGAUCGCUGUCACCUCCGCCGCCCUUGGGAAGUGUCCUUCCAACGUCACCGCUUCCUAUGCAGAGGCAAUUCCAUCCACCGACUAACCAAUCCAUGCCCACAACAUCGAAUGCUCUAGGACUGCCAUCGUUAAGCGACCGUCUCCCACCACCCGUUCCGGCAAAUUUGCAAAUACCAGCUACCUCCAUCGGUGGUGUCCCAACGGGUGGCUUUCCACAGUUUCUUCCCCAUCACCAGCAUCCGACGCAUCAUCAUCAUCAAUUGCAUCAGCAUCAUCAGCAGCAUCAACACCAGCACCAUCAUCACCACCAAUUCCAACCGCAUCAGCAGCAGCAUCAGCAGCACCAGCAUCAAGGUGCCAAAUUCAGUUCUUCUCAAAACAUCGCCAAUCUUUCCGGCAGUGUUGGUGGUGGCAGCGCUGGCGGAGUUGGAGUUGGAAUCGGCAUCGGAGUCGGAGUCGGAGGUGGAAGUGGUACUAUCAGUGGAGGAGGCAAAGCAUCGACAUCGAUCUCGUCACCAUCGCCUCCAUCGUUGCUCCACCAUCACCAGACGACGCAUCCUAGUUAUUUGGUCGGACAACAGUUGGACAUACAAAGGCACUCACAAUCGGACGAUGACAGCGGGUGCGCCCUCGAGGAGUACACCUGGGUGCCACCUGGACUCAGACCGGACCAGGUGCGAUUGUAUUUCUCGCAGAUACCCGAUGACAAAGUGCCAUACGUGAACAGCCCCGGCGAGCAAUAUCGAGUGCGACAAUUGCUGCAUCAGCUUCCGCCACAUGAUAACGAGGUUCGUUACUGUCACUCACUGACCGACGAGGAACGCAAAGAACUGCGGCUGUUCUCAUCACAGAGGAAACGAGAUGCACUGGGCCGUGGUAACGUACGACAACUGAUGAAUGCCAGGCCAUGCGAUGGGUGUGACGAUUCUAUAUCCACUGGGGACAUAGCAGUGUUUGCGUCACGUCUCGGCCCGAAUGCAUCAUGGCACCCGGGAUGCUUCUCCUGCUGCAUCUGUCGGGAGCUUCUAGUCGACCUCAUUUACUUCCAUCGUGAUGGACGUUUGUAUUGCGGACGACAUCAUGCAGAAACCCUUAAACCAAGAUGCUCCUUCUGCGAUGAGAUCAUCCUGGCCGAUGAGUGCACUGAAGCUGAGGGACGUGCUUGGCAUAUGAAUCAUUUUGCUUGCUUCGAGUGUGAGAAGCAGCUGGGCGGCCAAAGAUAUAUCAUGCGAGAUAGCAAGCCAUAUUGUCUUCUCUGUUUCGACUCCAUGUUUGCUGAGUACUGCGACUAUUGUGGCGAGGCAAUUGGUGUGGAUCAGGGUCAAAUGAGUCAUGACGGACAGCACUGGCAUGCCACAGAUGAAUGUUUCUCGUGCAACACUUGCCGUUGUUCACUACUCGGCAGGGCGUUUUUGCCUCGACGUGGUGCAAUUUAUUGCUCCAUCGCCUGCAGCAAGGGAGAGCCCCCAACACCGUCGGAUAGUUCUGGCACUGGCAUGUAUCCACCUGCAACUCAACGAGUCAGACCGCAAGCUCGUCUGCCGAACGCCGAGUCGACUACACCACCAUUGUCACCACAGCAGACGAACCCGCUGCAGCCAACUCUAGACCACCAGACUAUGUACCAGCUACGCAGUCAGCCCGUGAUGGCCGGAAGUCCAAUAUUCGAGCGUAAGCCCCAUCACGCACCAUACACGCUGUCGUCCGAUACCCAAGGCGAACAAUGCACUGCUGACUUCACUGACUUCUCUGGCGGUGGACCAUCUAACUCCUCACAGAACAUGACCCCAUUGACAUCUCCGGGUGAAUACCAUCAGUUAUUGCCGCAAAAAGCAGUCAGCAGCGACGGAGGACCAUAUAACUUUACCGAAAUGAGUCUAAACCUUGACACCUGGAAUCCAAAACACAGCACCAGUAGUACAAAUAAUAGUUAUAACCUUUCCCAGCAUAUCCGAACCAAAAUGGACACCUCCCUUACGUCCAGCAUGCCCGAGCUGUCCAACCAUCCUCCAUUGCCAACAACCGAGCCCAUGUUCACCGAAAUCCCAUCAUCAAUAGCAUCUCCCUCAGAGGUGCCAGAGCUCCCUACGCCAAAUCUCUCGGUAGCAUCGACUGCCGCCCUGCCCGACAUAAUGGGCGCACAAACAACCCCAGAGGGUGAAUUCCAAUCGAACAGUCCACAAUUUAACUCCUCACUAUCACCAACGUCUCCUUCGGCAGCACCUCUGCCCGAGAAGAAAAAGGGUGUUCGAUUCGAGGGUAUCCCUGAUACUCUGCCGCGUUCCAGAAGCUACUCAGGCAAUGGCGCUGGCACUGGAGGCGGCAGCGGUGGCAGCAGCAGCAACAACGGUGGCAACAGUAGCGGUGGUGGCUCUUCACGACGUCGUCGUCGAAGGAAAUCGUCUUGCAAAAAUGGCAGCGUCUCGUCCUCGUCGCAUCACAAUCGACACAGCAGCAAGGAACAUCAACAGCAUUCAUUAAGUUCGUCUUUUCAGGGAAACACCACGACAACGACGACCACGACUCAAAGCCGCGAUGAUGAAUCUGACGCCUCAAGCGAUUGUUCGACGUGCUCCUCAAGCUCGUCCAGCUCCGAAGACUACCUAUACCAAUUGCCACAGAGACGGCACUAUGGCGGAGUGCGUGUUAGCUAUGUUCCCAACGAUGCCAUUGCGUACGAUCGCAAACGAAAACCCUCAGAUCUGGAAAAAGACAAAAACUGUAUUAUUUCGUGACGAUAUUUAAUUGCAACCUAACUAGCAUCGUAUCCAACCAAACCAUAUAGCUUGGUCCACCACUGGGACUGGGAGUUCCACAACAUCAAAACCAACUACAGCAACAAAGCAAAAAAAAGUAAGACUCUUGCGGCGGUACCUACCAUCGUACAUAUACCUUUCGUGGUGUGCCCGCUCUAUAAUUAAGUCGAUGAUGCUUCACAUCCUUCAUCCUCGAGGGAUUGCGAAGGUAACAUAACGUGUGUCGAAAAGAAAUCGUUUAACGAUAAGUAUUCAAAAUAACAAAACAACAAAAAUAAAAAACAAAGAAGAGUAAGAUAUUUUAUUUUUUAUCUUGUACAUAGAAUUUAAAAAUUAAAAUUUUAAAUAUAAACAAAAAAAAACUAAAAAAUAUAUAUCAUUAAAAAUAUGUAUACAAAGAUUCAAAAAUUAAAAAUAUAUUUAUAUACAAAAACUAAUAGAAACCAUCAAAAAACGGAUAUAAAGAAAAUACAAUGCAAUUGACGAAAAAAGUAAUAAUUAGAAAACCACAUUUCAAAGUCUUAGGACAUUUAUAUACGUUUUGGUAUAUUUUUAUAGCGCAAUAGAUUUAAUUAAGAACAGACAAAUAAAACAAACAAACAAAAAGAAAAAGAAAAACUAUUUUUAAAAAAUUUAAAAUAUAUCAAUAAAG